AUGAGCGAGAAGAAGAAGAAGAACUCGAAGGACAUUAACGAUGACGUCAAAUCUCGCAGCAGCAUAAGUAGCAGUCUCUCGGACGAGUCGAGCGCGCUUUUGUCUCCAUCGCAACGUCCUCAGCAUCGUCCUCGAUUCGACUCGAAAGCUUCGUGGGCGGACUCGACGCGCUUUGACAUGGGUCGCGCCGACUCCCGUGCGUCUGACAUGUCAGCUAGGGAUCUAAGACUCACGGAACUUGGAGGAAGGGCUUCGUCUAGUCACAACCGCCAACGAUCGGACUCGAGAGCCUCGAAAUUGUCGCGCACUAGUAGUCGCUCCAGUAUGAGCAGCUCAAGGCGCGGGCGGCAGUCCUUCGUGUCAAAUUUUGGUGUGACUAAAGGCAAGAAACGCAGAGAUAGCAACGCACUGUCAACAAUCACGGAGAAUUGGAAUCUGGCAGACGAGCAGUUUGGCAGUCCCUUCUCUGACUUCGACGCUCAGGAGCAACCGAUUCGAGAGGAAUUGCAGAGAGGCUUGGCCAUCAUCAAUGAUCACACGACCAAAUUGAAGGAGAUUGAGGAUGCAGUUACAGCUGCAAUGUCAGAAGUUUGGGGUUAUUGGGCGGAUCCGAUUCAGUUGUAUUUGCAUCCAGCAGAGCGUGUAGAUGUACAAGACCUUAUCAAAACGGACAAUGAAUUGUUUAAUAAGGUGCUUACGGUUUUUUCCGUCUUGUGUGACGAGAUUUCUGAGCUUAAAGUGACGGUCGAAGACAAUUUUUAUCCAGCACUUAUCAUGUUCGGUCAGGCUCGUCAUGGCGAAGAAAGCGUUGUCAAAGCUGGAGAAGACGAAAUAUACAUGGGGCGUAUGUUGGCUUUUUUUCAAGAUAUUUCUAAUUUUGUGGACCGAUGCAAUGCCAUUACCAUUAAUAUGAUUCAUCAACUUGCGAGUCUAUAUCAAAGCUUUCAGAAGCUGUGGAAAUCGACGUUCAAGCUUGUGCAUUUGUAUCCUGUUUUUGAUGCGUUGGCAAGUCUGCUGGAAAUUAUGAUUACAAUUGAUGCCAUUAUCAUAGACAACCCAAAUAUUGUUACGUCAUGGGAUAAAUACAAGCGUAUGAUGCAGUAUGUUCGUUCGGAUCCACCUCGCUACAACGUCACAGUUGACAAAGUAAAGCAGUUCGAGCGACUUCUUGUAAGUCUUGACCAAACAAUCAUGAGUGCUCAAGUAUUUCAGAGCUGCAUUGAGCAGGAUUUCGAGGUCUUUUCAGGUGGAGACUUGGCAGAAGAUGACGAAGAUCUUGAAGACGGGAGCGAUAGUGAACGCGGUGGUCGACGUACAAGCAGCAGUGGAGGCGAAUUGAAGAUCGAUAUCCGCUCAAAUCAAGUGUUUUUGGAAGAAUUUGUGCACUGUAUCAGCUCACGAUUGGGUAUUGCCGAGAGUUCAAUUACGUCGGCUACUGAAACUUUUGAAAGGAACGACUUGGUCGGUACGACAGGACUUUACGUGCUUUUUCGACGACUACAACCAUCCAACGUUCCGGCGGACCAUGUGCUAUACAAACGAUUGUGGGAGAUACAGACGAAAGCUCCAUGCGUGACGAUUUGUGGCAAAAUCAUGUGGUAUAUGCCAGACUUUUUACUUAAAUACGCGCCUAUGACGUCGAAGAAACUACAUCCGACAGACAUUUUAGAUUUUCGUCGUGAGUACUUGCACUCGCUCGAUGAUGCAUUUCCAGCGGAUGUUACUACUGCCAAGUUGGAGUUAAGUGCGUGGCUUGUUCGCAUGGAAUCAUUUUUCCAGCCGACAACGCGCGGAAUGGGUGACGUCUCUCGCACAUUGAAUAUACGUGGUAAUCUGAUCCUUAAGGGAUUAAUUCUCGCAAAACGAGUGCAGACAAUGAUGCACACGUUGGUAAAUUUGCAUCUUUCGCUUCAAGUUCCAAUGCCAAAACGCGUGGUGAGACCUUUGUACACAUGCAUAGAAAUACUCAAAGCAGUCGAGUUCAUGUUUGCUCGCAAGAAUCCGAUUUUGUCUGAAUCAUCGUCGCACUUGCUGCGUCAAGUGGCUCACUCGCUAUUUUCAUUCUUUCGUCCACUCAAAGCUCAUUUGGAAGCCAGCAAGAAGUUUGAUGACACGAAACUCGAUGUACUAGCGGCUGUUACUGUGCUAGAAGAAAUUUUGAAUUCCGGGGAAUCGUUUUCGUAUACGCGGAUCACCGUGUUAGAUCUUGCAGCUCAAAUUGCCGUGAUUUCACCCGAGAAUAAAUCGACAGAUAGUAACGAUAAGGGAAACGAGACGGACGCUACUGUUUCUAUGGGUAUCAAAGACGCGAAUGAACCUGUGAAACUCAUCUGGAAGUUGCGUCUGCUGAGUGAUUUUCAACGCAAAAUUCGAAGUGCCUGUGACUGCUCGUUUUUCUAUUGGAGUCGUGAGCUCUUGCACCCUUUUCUAUCCGAUUUGUACAACCAACCGGAACAAGCGAAUCGUGUUCAGUACGUCGUCGGAGGCUUCUUGGAUGGCAUAAAGCUACUUCGCGGCGCACAACACGAGAUUGAUAACGAAUUGUACGUCAAGGCGUAUGCAGAAUUCAUUGAGUCGGUUCUCAACGAAGAAAUUGUCGAUAAUUUGUGCAAAGACGUAGAAAACGACUUGCGUUUACAUGUUCAUUCGGUUCAUUUAGACCAUUUAGAUGCCCCAAAUCCGAAAAGUGCGGAUUUCAAAGUUCUUCACUACUAUCUGGAUUUGCGUCCGAUUCGGCUGCACGGCAAAAUGCUGGACAUACGCCAGCAUGUGACUCAUUACCUAGAGAGCACAUUUUACAACUUGACUACAGUUGCGCUGCAUGAUUGGAAGACGUAUGGAGAAAUGCGCAAUUUGGCCAAUGACAAAUAUGGCUUAAGUCUCGCGGACAAUCACCUUCCUAUGGGAUCGCUUGAUCAAGGGCUGGAUAUUCUACAGAUUAUGAGAAACAUUCAAAUUUUUGUCGCUCGCUACAAUUACAACCUAAAUCAACAAUUUUUUCUGGAACGUCGUAGCGACAAGGGUUCACGUCAUUUGAACUCGAUCAAUAUUCACUCAAUUGCAAGCUCGAUUCGUACACACGGCAUGGGAAUCAUGAACACAACAGUGAAUUUCACUUACCAGUUCUUAACAAAAAAGUUCGACAUUUUCUCGCAAUUUCUUUUUGAUGAGUACAUCAAAAGUUAUCUUCAGCGUGAAAAGCGAUGGUACAAGAAGCAUCGCGAUGACAAGGAUGUGGACAACAAGUAUCCAUUCGAUCGUGCUUUCCAAUUCAAUAAAGAUAUUCGCAAAUUAGGCGUUUCAGAUUCCGGGAAAACGUUUUUAGACCAAUUUCGUAUGCUAAUUACUGAAAUCGGCAAUGCGCUAGGGUACGUGAGAAUGGUGCGAUCUGCAGGUAUGAAUCAUUGCAGCAAUGCUAUUAAGUUCGUGCCGGAUUUAAAUCAUACCCACUUUAAGUUCGAAGCAUUUGCUGGUCACGGCAUUGCUGAAGAAAAAAAUGAGGAGACUGGUGAAGUGAUUCAAGAAGAAGUCGUUGGCGCUAAUUUGUCACGUGAGACAGUUGUUGCUGCUCGUAAUUUAGAUUCGGUCAUUUCGACGUUGGCCAAAAACUUUUCUGAAAAUAACGACUAUUUCAAAGUACUGGUCAAAGUUUUUCAAGAUGUGACUGCAAGUGACGAACAAAAGCAUUUAAUCAACUUUUACAACAUUAUCCCGGCUUUGACUAUCAAUUACGUCGAGACGACGGUGCAGGCCAAGGAUCUGAUGUACAAGAACACUCGGCGUCGAGAAUCUUAUUUUUCAGAUGACGGAUUCGCGAUUGGAAUUGCCUAUAUUCUCGCGAUUCUUGACCAAGGAGAGCAAUUUGAUGCCUUGCACUGGUUUGAAGAGGUAGUGCGCAAGUACAAGGCCGAGGAGGAGGCUUACAAUGAGAAACAAGCUGAACGAGAGGCUCGUAAGCGGGAGCAGGCGGCCAAGAAGCAGAAAGAGACGACAGCUGAACUCAUUGAUGAUGAGGAGGAAGUGCAUACGCUGCAGCUAACUGCGAAACGCAUUGAAUUAAAUCGCCGCGAGUUUGACUUGCUUGACUGGUCUCUCAAUGGCGCACGCAUUUUUUUUAAAGAUUGA